UGAUCGUUAUUUAAAAUCCUUUUCCAGUAAAAAUGCCAACUCGUUUCGGUUUGUUACCAAGGAUCUUGCUUCUCUUUCUCACGUUGUUAUCAGGAACAAAAUGGUCUGAAUCAGCUCGAGUAUUCACGAUCGUGAACUCAUGUGACCAAAAGAUCUGGCCGGCCAUAACUCCCGGAGAAAACUUCAACGGCGGAGGGUUUGAACUCAAACCGGGCCAAUCCAUCGUGUUCACCGCACCAGUAGGCUGGUCAGGCAGAAUUUGGGGUCGAACCGGCUGCAACUUCGACUCUACCGGAACCGGAACUUGCGAAACCGGUUCAUGCGGCUCCACUCUAAAAUGCUCAGCCUCCGGAAAACCACCGGCUUCACUAGCCGAAUUCACACUAGCCGCAUUGGAUUUCUACGACGUGAGCCUCGUCGACGGAUUCAACCUCCCGAUGUCGGUGAAUCCGAGGAACGGAAAAGGAAACUGUAGCGUGGCCGGUUGCGUGGCUGAUCUGAGGCCACAUUGUCCGUCGGAGCUCGCCGUUAAAUCAAACGGAAAAGUGAUAUCGUGUAGGAGUGCUUGUGAUGUGUUUGACAGAGAUGAGUAUUGUUGCAGAGGAGUUUAUGGGAACCCUGUGGUGUGUCAGCCAACUUAUUACUCAAAGAUCUUCAAGCAAGCUUGUCCUACUGCUUAUAGUUAUGCUUAUGAUGAUCCGACCAGUAUCUUCACUUGUUCCGCCUCUGAUUACAUCAUCACUUUCUGUUCCUCCAGGAACAAGCCGGUGUGCACGUACCAUGAUAACAAGCUGGGAUGCAGCGAUGGAUUUAAGACGGUGGCUACUGGGAGAUUCUGGCUUGUAUUGAUAUUUUCUCUUGUUGUUCUUAGCUAAACAUUUGGCCUAUCCGAAUUUUAGAUAAAUAAGGUUUUUUUUUUUUUUUGGUUCUCUCUCUUGUGGUAAAUAUCUUAUUUGUUCAUAUUUUCAAAAUUUAGAUAUCAUGUGGUUGUAAAAUGUAAAAGGAAAUGUAAGGUUUGCGUGUGAAAAAUAA